GACGAGCUAAUUCGAGCAGGCCACAACCGCUGGAAAUCUAUAAAAGGUUCAGAGGACGGCCAGGACCAUGCAGUAAGUUAGGACUAGCUGAGUUGAAUUUCACCACGCGCGGUCGAUAAAAAGCCAAACUUCUUUUCGUCCAGAUUUUUUUCAAGUGAGAAAGAGCUCUACACAUUAUCACCCAAGAUGGAUUUCAUCGCAAACGUGCAGGUUCUCGUCAUUCUAACGGUUGGAAUUCUCUCUGGCAGGGGGUGCGUUCUGGAACAACCGAUCGGAGAUGGAAAACCCAACUUCAUAAACGAGAUAUCUUCGACCGAGAUCGCCUACGUCGGCAACGCCAAAAGCCUGGACUGCGCAGCCGUCAACUUCUGCAGCGUCACGUGGUACAAGGAUGGCAUCCCGUUGCCAUGGGCGCCGCAGGAGGCUGCGCAGGACCCUAACCAAGCGGAGAAGAGUCAAAUUCUGCGGUUCAAGCAACUUGAGUUCGGCGACCAGGCAGAGUACACGUGCAUCGUGUCCAAUGGAGUGGAGAAUAUCAACAGGACAAUACGACUUGUAGUCCUUGAGGAUUCGCGGGCUGACAAGCCCAUCUUCUUGGGAAGCAACGGGGGCUCCUGCACCGAUCGUACGGCCGAGGUCGGCGAGACGGUCCGCUUCUCGUGCGAGUUCUUCGUGGGCAAGGCCCUGUUAACGCAGAGCUUUGUGAGCUGGUACCGCGUGGAUAAGAAAGGCCAAACCCCGGCAGAGUGGCUCGAAGACAUCGAGACACAAACGGAGCAGAGUAGCAGGAUGGACAGUGUCAUUGUAUCCAAUCUUGAAAUCCCCAACAUCAAGGACAACGCCUUCGGAUCGUGGAUGGCAUUAAUCUACUCGAACGGGUACCAGGCGGAUGCGGUGGUGUCCGUCAACCCCAGCCCGACCGGCAACGGAGGUACUGCCAAAUCGCUGCUGGAAAAAAUCAAAAUGGGGUUCCAGAAACACGAAUAGCGAUAUUAUGUUUCCUUUUACUUGAUUGUAGAGCUUGCAUAGAACGCCCUCAAAGUGUGGACAGAUUCAUAUUUUCCCUGUGUGAUAUGCUUACCUAAACGCUUUGUAGGCCCGACUUUCAUCGUUCCCACGGAAUUUAAAUAAUGAAACCUAUCCAUAGUGAGGGCGUCCCGUGCAAGCUAUAGUACCCGGAAGCACUGAUCUCAUACAUGUAAUUCUGAAUGGAGAGCGCAUGCAGCUCAUGGGGUGAAGUCACUAAGGCGCCAUCUUGAAAGACCAAAAUGUAUGGACGCCUACCCGUACCCGGGGCCUUGUUGGGGCUUGCGGUGGCUUCACAGCUUUGUGUAGGGAGAUGGGCGCAUGCGCUAUCCAGUCUGUGAAGGCUUAUUAUAAUAAAAUACUCAGGGACAAUGGAUUUGAAGAAUACUCUAACGUUGUGAAUUAAACUGCAUGGGAUCGAGAUAUGGGAGUGCAUGUAAACUGGGGGUGGGGCGGAUGGUUAGGAUAUAGGGUGCAACCUUGUAGUAAAAUUUCCAUAGACACCAGUGCGAAAUGCCCACACUUCAACAUUUCUUUUAAAAAUACUCAGAACUCCCACAGGUACGUAUUGAAGUUGCACAGAGAAAUGAUGAUCAACAUGUCAUCACUUCAUUUCCUUUUAAUUUUUUGGUGGCUUGGCCUUUGACUUUUCGAAAAAUUCUCGCCCAAAGCGGAAAAGAAAAUCCUGAAAAAUGAUCCUUCUAUGCAGGAAUGAGUAAAUUUACACAACGUUGGAUUUGGUUAAAUUGAAUCAACAUUGGGUAAAAUGACUAAUUUUACGUUGAGUAAAAUAUACCCAACAUGCAUGGAGAAUUUACACAUUUUUUUUAACCAACACAAUUUCAAUACAUGUUUCGUGAGCGUUGGUUUCCACAGAGUUCCUGAUUAAAUAAUGGUCGCAUGAGGGCGCUGUACCAUAAAUAAAACUUUCCUUCAACGUUGAGAAUACUUAACUAAAAAUAAGGCCUAUCUUGCAAAAAGUUCGAGGCACAAUUUUAACGGCAAAUUAAAGGCAGAGGAAAGGGAAAACUUAUAUUUCCCCAAAUGAAUUCAGCAAAUGUGAAGUAAACAGGGACAUUUUGCUUUACCUUUCAAAAUUAGAAAUCGUCAAAGAUAUUAGCUGGUGUAAGAUCCCUUAAAAGUGGCGGGACAUUUAAAGAAAAGGGCAUAAAAGCUGCAUUGGUGUGUUUAUCCUUAAUUUUCAACUGCUUUAUUUCAAAUUGAUCAGCUUUUAACCACGACACAACUGCCGGCGCAGCCACGACUGGUUCCGCCCCAAAUAGUUCAGAGUCGCCCGCCGGGAAGGUAACCGUAUACACGGUCAUGAUGUUUGCGCUCACAUCUUUAUGUUUGCUCCAACACUAACGGCUAUGUGCGAUGUCGCUAUUAAACUCGCUGUAUGAUUUUAACCUAGACUGAAGACGGAGUUCGACUCGAGUCGUUCAUAAGUCAAGCAUAAGUCCAUCACAAGUCAAUCGUAAGUCAAUCACAGGUCAGUCAUAAAUGAUAAGUCAUGUCACAAGCCUCAAAUCUUACGUCGAUUUCAAGUCGAAUCACAAUUCGCUCUUUUCACACUCCACCA